AUGGGCAACUUCUGCCACCGUAUCUGUGAGGAUAGCACCUGGCCAACAUGCCCACAAAUCAUAAACCCAAUCAGGAAACUCUGUAAUACAAUCACUUUUAUCAACGUCUGCGGUGACUACGCAACGUCGAGCAAAUCCCCCAACAUGGUCGUCCUGGUUUUAAUGCGGGGCGCGCAUGUUGGAAAGAACUGGCGGCCAACUUACCAAAUUAUGUUACCGACAUUUUCCUUCUAUGUGUUCAGUUGUAAUCUCUGCUCGAGGCAGCGGAGAUGGCCAUGUGAUCCAGGCGUCCCUGCUGCGGCACAAAGCUCGGCAGAUCCCUAUCGGUAUAUUCACCCCUCGGGGCUCCUCAGGGCAAAACUGGCCAGCCGGAAAUAUGUAUGGUUUACUUCAGCAUUCGGACAAUUUCCUUUGAAACCUAUGUCGACUGAAGCAGCGGAGAUGGUGAGGUGUUCCGGCAGGUGCCCCAGUCGGCCCCGGUUUACAAUCACCGCUCGGCCUACAGACUCGCACUUAAUCGCUCCGAGGGGAGCUCGUGGAUUGUAA